AUGGCGACCACUAAAGGCGCUGUCACUGGGGCAUCAGCUCUCAGUAUCCGUGGCAGAAUGGACGAGGCUCGAUGUGGAAACGAAUCGAUCAAAGUCGUCAUCGGCGAAGGCGACACCGCACAAACGCUGUACAUCCAUACCAGUCUGCUCGAGAAGCAUUCGGAUUUCUUCGUCGUCGCUCUUCGUGAGGAAUGGAAGGAGGGUCAAGAGAGGAUGGUCGAGCUCAAAAACGCCAACUUCGAAACAUUCACCAUCUUCAAGAACUUCCUAUACGAGGGAAGGAUCUUGAGCAGUAAAGAGGAGACUAGGAGAGAGGGUUCAGCCGACGGAAGCAAGACUCAUGAUAAGGAGUGGGCUCGCAUAUCGAGAUGUUGA